CUGGGAAUCAUUUUCACCGAGGACCGAACAAGGGAUAUAGAGAUGGAGACAAGAGUGCAGCGGGCAAAUGCACUCGGCUACCAAAUCGCCCCUCUUCUACUAAGACAUCUACGAAUAAAGAUGGCGUUGGAGAGCAAAGUCAGACUGAUUAACGUUAUAUUUAUUCCAACCCUUACCAGUGUCAAUUCUGGGCUCUGA